AAUUUCCAGAUCUUCUCAGUGUCCGUCCUCCUUGCAGCAGCACAUGCGGGAUACUUAGGCGGUUAUGGUGGUGGUCUUGCCAGCUCCUACGUAUCAAAUCAUCUUUCAUCUUACGGUGGUCGCCCCGUUCCGACUUAUUACCAUGGAAGUGGAGGAUACUCCCACGAUCAAGACUACUACUCUCAUCCUAAAUAUCAAUUUCAAUAUGGAGUACAAGAUCCCCAUACCGGAGACCACAAAACCCAACACGAAGUCCGCGACGGAGACGUAGUCAAAGGAUCUUACUCAGUAGCUGAUCCAGAUGGUACUCUACGUACCGUUCAUUACACUGCUGAUGAUCACAACGGUUUCAAUGCUGUUGUAGAAAAAUCUGGACAUGCUGUACAUCCACAGGUUUACGCUGUUGGUGGAUAUGGAGCUCAUGGUGGAUUCGGUAGACAUGGACAUUACUAA